CUACAGCUCCUGGAGCUGCCAUGGCGCAGCUGCAAGGCGCUCAUAGACGACCAUAGCGCCCACCAAAGGGCGGCAGCACAGCAGCCUCAGAAGGCAGGCCAGCAGGAGGAUGCGGCGGCUGCUUCGGUGCGACGUCGCUAUGGCGAGGGCUUCCGCCCGUGCGUCUUCACGAGUCGCCGGAUGAGCCUGACGCAGAGCGCGUCGCAGCUCCCGCCCGACUACAGCCGCCGCGCGACACUGCUGCUACUGCGCCUGGUCGCGGCGGCGGCGGCGUUCGCGGCUGCAGCUGCCGGCCUGGCGGCGGCGGCGCUGUGGCUGCUGGGCUGGUGGCAGCUGCUGCUGGUGCUGGCGGAGGCCUCGUUUGCGGUACACUACAGGCGCAAGUGAGUACGGCGGGGGAAGAGCAGGGAGCAAGCUGACGCCCGUGAUUGGGGGAUGUCGGGAGAAAAGUU